GCAGUAAUAAGUUGAAUGUUAUUGCGUUCACAUCAUUUCAGUUGGUAUUUUGAUUUCUAAUUGAAUUUUAUUCGAAAUAAAAAAUGAGUGCUGGGAAAUUGUCGUAUCAGUUGCUGGAUAAGGAUAAUCCUGUCUUUAGUGAAUUUCUACUGUGGAGCAGUAUUUUGAUCGUAAAGUUUCUUCUCAUGGCACCAUUGACUAGUCUUCAUCGGUUCAGAACAAAGUCAGCUGCCAAUCCAGAGGACAUGAUUGUUGUGCGAGCGACUGAAAUGGGUGCUCCAAAUGAGGAUGUUGAACGUAUUCGAAGAGCUCAUCGCAAUGAUAUGGAGAAUAUCUUACCGUUUUUGUCAGCUGGCCUGUUUUAUGUGUUAACGGAUCCAAAACCAAUGCUUGCAAUUUGGCUGUUUCGAGUAACGACAAUGGCUCGUUUUCUACAUACAUUUGUGUAUGCAAUUUACGUUGUUCCACAACCAGCCCGUGCCAUUUGCUUCUUCAUUCACUUUGUAAUCACUCUUUACAUGGCAUUUAUGUGUAUUUUAUAUUUUAUUUAAAAAGAAUAAAAAUUAUUAAAAU